AUGUCAGAUCACGCUGGGUCAAGUGCCGAGGAGUUAUCGUUGCCAAGAGCAACUGUGCAAAAAAUCAUUGCUGAAAUACUUCCCAAGGAUAUUGCCAUCACCAAAGAAGCACGUGAAGCAAUCACUGAGUGCAGCAUUGAAUUCAUAAUGAUGCUAUCAUCACAACUGAACGAAAUAGCAGAAAAGGAAGCUAAAAAGACAAUAGCGUCAGACCAUGUGGUGAAAGCCUUGGAGGAAUUGGAUUUCCACAACUACCUUGAGAUUAUCAACAAAAUACUAAGUGAACAAAAGGAAUUGUUAAAAGGCAAAGAGAAAAGAAACAAUAAGUUCCAAAACUCAGGAUUGAGUGAAGAGGAGUUAUUGAGACAGCAGGAAGAAUUAUUCAAAAAAUCACGGGACCGUCUACAAAGCCAAUCAGGCUCGCCGACACACGAAGUCAAACAAGAGUAA